AUGUUAAAUAACAGAUCGGAAACGCCACUGUACAAGGCAGCGGCUAAUGGCCGUGGGAAGAAUGUCAAACUGCUGUUGAAAUAUGGAGCCUCUGCAAAUAUCCAGUCUGAAAAUGGCAACACAGCUUUGAUGAGAGCCUUGAAACAUGGCUUUCAAAAUGUCGCCAAAGUCUUGCUGGCGGCGGAAGCAGACGUCAAUAUUCGAAACAAACGAGGUGAAAAUGCGCUGCUCAUGGCUGCCAAGUCUGGCUGUACUGAGACAGUAAAGCUCCUCAUGGAGGCGGGAGCUGAUCCUCUUUCUUUGACAAAGUUUGGAAACACUGGCCUUUCAUUGGCCGGCAAUAAAGACAUUGCAGAGUUGUUUGUUCAAGCAGGUGCAGAUGUCAAUUUAAGAAACAUGCACGGCCAAACUCCGAUGCCCUGUGCCGUGAAACGACGAAAGUAUGACGUCCUGAAUUUAUUGUUAAAACAUGGCGCUAAUGUCAAUAUGAAGGAUCUCUAUGGGGACACACCGUUAAUCGCUGCACUCAAAGUUUCAGAGGUUCGCCUUAUUCUGCGUCUCCUCGCAGCAAAGGCGAAUGUGAAUCUUCAGAAUAAAAAGGGGAAAACUGCCUUAAUGUAUGCAACGAGCAUUUCGAUUCUCAUUCGCUUUGAAACAAAGAUACAAAGAAUAGUUCAAUUAAGAAUUUUGGACCUUCUGCUGCAACAUGGUGCGGACGCUAACCUUAAAGAUAACAUUGGCCGCACUGCCCUCAUGUACACCUACAGCAGGACCAAUCAAAAGGACUACGGUCACAAACUGGUGAAACAUGGAGCUGAUCUUGAAGCCGAAGAUUACCAGGGUAGAACAACUUUGACUCAAGUACUGCUGGCUUGGGGAAUGAGUUCAAAGGUCAUUGAACUUUUAAAACUGGGGGCGAAACCAGUGCUGAAGUCAAAAUACCGUGACAUUCUACUACAACGAUGUCCUACUGUCUUUGUUGGUAAGGAGAUAAAUGAACUUCUAAGACUUUUGAUUUGCAUCGGCAUUGUCAGUACGAAAAGUUUUAAGAGCUAUUUUCCCAUUCUACUGGAUACUAAUGUAGAAUUAUGUCUAUGCCAUGGCAACUAUGACUUGUUGAGAUAUAUUCUUGCUAAUUGCUACGUAUCGAAUAAAGAUUUGACCUACAUAAGACUGAGACACAAUCAAAGCUACAUGUGCACCUUGCCAGCAAGAUUCGGUCCUGAUCAUAGCAAAAUGGACGCAUUGAUUCAAAGAGCUGCUUGCCAACCCUGGCCAUUGGUCAAUCUUGCCUUCAUAGCAGCUUCCACAAUGAUGGGCGAGAGCCCCGAAAGAGUGGACCGCAUCGGGAAUUCCCAGCUCCCCAAUCCUCUCAAAGACAUGUUGAUGUUUCGGACAGAAAUCGCCCGUACAGCAGUUGGAUAG